AUGAUCCGUCGAAAGAAAGCCGCGAAGAAGGGAAUCCCAUUCUCCCUUAUGGUCUGCGGCGCAUCGGGAACUGGUAGGACCACUUUCGUGAAUAUGCUCUGUGGGAGCACCGUCCUGCCGCACAGAGACUCGGAUGCUGAAGAUGGCACACUCUCGGAGCAAGGGCUUGAGAUUAAGCCUAUUACUGUUGAAAUAGAGCUGGAGGAGGAACGUACCUGCAUAUUCCUCACCAUCGUCGACACACCCGGCUUCGGAGACGAAAUUGAUAAUGAGGAAAGCUUCUCGAGGAUUGUUGGUUUUCUUGAACGACAGUACGACGAUCAGCUUGCAGAGGAGUCUCGCAUCAAACGUAACCCUCGCUUCAGGGACAACAGAGUUCAUGCAAUGCUCUACUUCAUCACUCCGACCGGUCAUGGCCUCCGCGAACUCGAUAUCGAGCUCAUGAAGCGCCUCGCCCCCCGCAUCAACGUCAUUCCAGUUAUUGGUCACGCUGACACCUUUACCCCAGCCGAGCUAGCCGAAUCCAAGAAAUUGAUCAUGGAGGAUAUCAAGCACUAUCGUAUCCCAGUCUAUAACUUCCCGUAUGAUAUUGAGGAGGACGAUGAAGAGACUAUUGAAGAGAACGCUGAGUUGCGGGGCAUGAUGCCUUUCGCUAUCAUAGGUAGCGAAGAUUUCGUUGAAAUCGGUGGCCGGAGAGUCCGCGCGCGGCAAUACCCCUGGGGUAUUGUUGAGGUGGAUAAUCCACGCCACUCGGAUUUUCUGGCUCUUCGAUCUGCACUACUCCAUAGUCAUCUGUUAGAUCUGAAGGAGGUCACGUAUGACUUCUUGUACGAGACGUACCGUACCGAGAAGCUCUCAAAGGUCACGGAAGGUGCUGAUGGGGCGGACUUAUCCAUAAGACAAGAAGAGUUCGCUUCCCAGUCAAUACGCCUGAAAGAGGAGCAACUCCGAAAAGAAGAAGAGAGCCUCCGUAAGAUCGAGUUGAGAAUCCAGCAGGAGAUCAAAGAAAAGAACCAGGAGCUCCUGGUUCGCGAGGCUGAGCUGCGCGAUAUCGAGGCCCGGAUUAAGAGAGAGGCUGCAGUCGCCGCAGCUCAGUAG